CUAUAUUGAACUAUAUAAUUCUGUGAAACCGAACGUAAGAGGCAAAGCUGUCUGCCUGUUUUUAAGUCAACGUGAACAAGUUAAAGUUUCAUCAUCAUUUUUGUAAUUUUUUGUUAUUAACUUGAAUUCAAAUAGAUAUACAAUAACAAGAUGCCACUGUCGUGUCGGUUUUACCAAGAGAAAUAUCCUGAAGUGGAGGAUGUAGUGAUGGUGAACGUGCGGUCCAUCGCCGAGAUGGGCGCGUAUGUCCACCUCCUGGAGUAUAACAACAUCGAGGGCAUGAUUUUGCUGUCAGAGUUGUCCAGAAGACGUAUUAGGUCUAUUAACAAACUGAUCAGAGUGGGUAAGACAGAGCCCGUCGUCGUCAUCAGAGUGGACAAAGAAAAAGGUUACAUAGACUUGUCGAAACGUCGUGUAUCUACCGAGGACGUUGACAAGUGUACAGAAAGGUAUGCUAAGGCGAAAGCAGUGAACUCGAUCCUGCGCCACGUCGCCGAGCUGCUCCACUACGAGAACUCGGAACAACUAGAGGAGUUGUACAAGAGAACCGCUUGGCAUUUUGAAGAGAAGUACAAGAAAAAGGCGUCAGCAUAUGAUUUCUUUAAGCAGGCUGCUGUAGACCCAUCAGUCCUCAACGAGUGUGGACUGGACGAAAACACAAAGGAGGUACUCCUUGCCAAUAUCAAGAGGAAGCUCACCUCUCAAGCAGUGAAGAUUCGCGCUGACAUAGAAUGCGCGUGCUACGGCUACGAGGGCAUUGACGCGGUCCGCGCUGCGCUAAAGGCAGGCCUUGCGCUGUCCACCGUGGAGAUGCCUAUCAAAAUCAAUUUAAUUGCACCACCUUUGUAUGUAAUGACAACGUCAACCCCCGAAAAGACGGACGGCUUGAAAGCGCUUCAAGACGCUAUCGACAAAAUCAAAGAGACCAUCACAGUCGCGGGCGGUGUGUUUAAUGUGCAGAUGGCGCCUAAAGUGGUGACAGCCACCGACGAGGCCGAGCUGGCGCGGCAGAUGGAGCGCGCCGAGGCCGAGAACGCGGAGGUCGCAGGAGACUCCGCCGAGGAGGAUGAGGACCAAGGAAUGGGAGACGCUCGCAUGGAGGAAGAACCCCAGCAGAACGGAGCCUCAGACGAAGAGGAAGAAAACUAAAUCCUAUAUAUAUAUUGUAAACACUAAUGCAACUUCAUGUUAUGCUAUAAUAUACACCGGUUUUAUACA